AUGAGGUCACCAGCAAAAAGUGCAAAGGUCCUCGGGGUGUGCCUCCUCACCGGCACGGCAGCCUCGCAGCAACAACAGCCACAACAGCCACUUGUUGACCGACCGAGCGUCAACACCGUGACUGCGAGCUUCGACUCCUUCAGACCAAGCAUCACCAACACAGCGAGUCUCAGCUAUAACUCGCUCAGCCCAAGCUUCAACUCGCUCAGUCCUAGCAUCACCACCACCACGGCGAGUCCAAGCUUAAACUCGCUCAGUCCAAGCUUCAACUCACUUAGCCCGAGUUUCAACUCUCUACGUCCCAGCCUGUCCCCCAUAAGCGCACAACCACCUUCACUGGUCCCGGUAGGCCAGGUAGCGCUCGGCGGUGGGGCCUUUGCCGGCGGCAGCAGCAAUGCUGCUAACUACGCGAGCUGUGCCGCAAUCGGCAGGGCCAGCAUACCCGGGUGCGCCAUGGAGUGCUUCGCGACGGGGGCCUCCGCGCUGGGAUGCGCCGUGCACGACCUCGGAUGUCAGUGCCGACAGCAGGCGCGCAUGAUGGCCGCGGCCGAGGGGUGCGUCGCCGAGGCGUGUCCAGGGGCUGCUUACCAGCGCGUCAUAGACGGUGCCAUGUCCAUGUGUGGAUGCGCCGUCGGUGUAGCAACCGCCGAAGUCUCGGGGUUGAUAGCGAGGCCAGAACCGACGGGAACCGCGUCCGUCUCGGCGUCAUAUUCUUACAUGAGCGGCAGUGGCUUCUCCGUGGUCCCAUCCUUGACCGUCAUCAACGACGCGGCGGCCUCCGGUACUGCGACGCCAAGCUUCAUGCCCCAGAGAGAGCAACCGAGUCAGAUGACACCAAUCGCCAAGAGAGAUGUCGAGGAAGACCGCGGACCGCAUAAGAGCUCCGACCUGACAAACAAGGCCUCAAUACAGGCCAGCUCCGGAACGUCGUCUAGUCGUUACGGGAAUAUGCGCAUUUCGGGUUUGGUAAUUUCGGUUCUGCCUACAUUGUUGGUUGGUUUGAUUGUAUAG